AAAAGGUCUGCCCCCACAGGGAUGAAUUAUAAGAACAUAGGCUUUUCUGGGGUACAUAACAGAUUCAAACCAGCACACUUCACACCCCAGCAAGAUGUCAAACCAGAGAGAUCUUUCCUGACAUUCCAAUGUAAAGUACAUCCACAUCUUCACAACCACAAAGUUAUUCUCCCUCACAACAUCAAAUUCUUUUGCUUUAUAGUACUCAUACAAAAGGUAUGUCCAUGCAUGCAUGUGUAUAUGUGUAUGCAUUGUUUAUUGUGCAUCUUCACCACUAGGAUUGACUUUCCAUAAGAGCAAGGACCACGCUUCUGCUGUAUGAAACAAUGUGCCAAGUACAAAGCACAGUACACUAAGCAUAUAGGGAGCACUCAAUAGAGGGGACUUCCGGUCCGCUGUUCAUGAGCUACCUUUCCCGGGCGUCUCCCCGCAACCUCCUCAACUUCCCUAGUCCGUGACGCGGCGCCGGACAGAAAUCCUACGGGGCAGGGGCACCGGCGAGUGUGAGUUGCAGUUAAAGGAAGAUGGACACACACAGUUCAGCCAAAGUCAAUGCAAGAAAGAGGAGGAAAGAGGCACCUGGACCCAAUGGGGCAACACAGGAAGAUGGAAUUCCUUCAAAAGUGCCACGCUCUGCAGUAGGCUUACGGCAGCCAGCUCCUUUUUCUGAUGAAAUUAAAGUUGACUCUAGUAAGCCUUAUGUCAGGGUAACUAUGGAAGAAGCCUGCAGAGGAACUCCUUAUGACUGGCCUGUGAGAGUUUAUGCAGAUAGAAUAUUUGACUUAUUUCACUCUGGUCAUGCCCGGGCUCUGAUGCAAGCAAAGAACCUUUUCCCUAAUACAUAUCUCAUUGUGGGAGUCUGCAGUGAUGAGCUGACGCACAACUUCAAAGGUUUCACGGUGAUGAAUGAAAAUGAGCGCUACGAUGCAGUGCAGCAUUGCCGCUAUGUGGAUGAAGUGGUGAGGAAUGCCCCCUGGACCCUGACACCCGAGUUCCUGGCAGAACACCGGAUUGAUUUUGUAGCCCAUGAUGACAUCCCUUAUUCUUCUGCUGGGAGUGAUGAUGUUUAUAAGCACAUCAAGGAAGCAGGCAUGUUUGCUCCAACACAGAGGACAGAAGGUAUCUCCACAUCAGACAUCAUCACCCGAAUUGUCCGGGACUACGAUGUGUAUGCGAGACGAAACCUACACAGAGGCUACACAGCUAAGGAGCUCAAUGUCAGCUUUAUCAAUGAGAAGAAAUACCAUUUGCAGGAGCGGAUUGACAAAGUAAAGAAGAAAGUGAAAGACGUGGAAGAAAGGUCAAAAGAAUUUGUUCAGAAGGUAGAGGAAAAAAGCAUUGACCUCAUUCAAAAAUGGGAGGAGAAAUCCCGAGAAUUCAUUGGAAGUUUCCUGGAAAUGUUUGGUCCUGAAGGAGCACUGAAACAUAUGCUGAAAGGAAAAGGCCGGAUGCUGCAGGCCAUCAGUCCAAAGCAGAGUCCCAGCAGCAGCCCUACUCGUGAACGUUCCCCUUCCCCUUUUCGAUGGCCCUUCUCUGGCAAGACUUCCCCACCUUCCUCUCCAGCAAACCUCUCCAGGCACAAGGCUGCAGCCUAUGAUAUCAGUGAGGAUGAAGAGGACUAAUUUGCCAUUCCUCCUUCCCUUUCCCCUUCCUUUGGCCUAUCACUUUCAGAGGCUCUCUGUUGAAUUCCAAAUUGUGAUCCCAACACUAAACCCAAGGACAACUACAAAGGAGAGUUUUGGGGCAAGAGGAUCUGGGAUGGGGGAACCAAACAGCCCAUCCUCCAAGAGGUAUCAAUCGCCCACACCAAGGAGGAGGCUGACUACACCUUAGAAGCCUGUUCUGCAUCCCUCUACCCUCUCCAAGGACUUUGCUUUACUGUUUGUAUUCAUGUGAUCUUGACAGGGAAAUUGUCAUUUUUAUUAAUUUAAAGAAAAUUAGUCUUUCAAAUGGAGUAAGUAGAACUAAUAUUUUGCCCCUGAAGAGUGGGCAGAAGGAGGAAGUGGUGUAUCUACCCAGAGGCCUUUUCUUCACACUAUAGUGUUUGCCUUCUGUUCUGAAGCAAACUGACUUGCCAAGUCCUUUAAGCAAUGGGCCAUGUUGAUGGGUGAUUUGGGGGCCAUGGUUGGGAAGGGGGUUAUCGUAAUUUUGAUUUCCUUUAAAAAAAGCUAAAAGCUGAAUAAUUCAGUCAGACACACCCUAAAUGUAUUGCUGGCACAUGUGCCAAUGUGGGAAGAAGGAGCUCUGAGCCUAACUUUUCUUACUCCUUGAGGAGUUUCUUGCUGGACCCAGUGGGAUCCAUGAAAACACUGAUGGGGAUGGCACCAGACCACAUGGCAUCAUCUGUAGUCUUUCUGCCAUGCUCUUCUCAGAAAACUCUGUUACCCAGUU